GCGGGAUGGAGCUGCCGGCGAGCGAGGUGGACCCGAAGACGGCAAUGGAGCACGGCCGGCGCCUCGUGGAGGUCAUGCUGCGCCCCGUCCUCGCGUACGCCAAGGCCAAACACGUGCACUGCAGUGCAGCGUUGGAGCGAAACGAUUCGAGAGAGCACGGGCUGUGCGCGGCGGCCAGGCGAGCCAACGCUGACCGCGUCUACAUCGCCGCCCGCAAGAAGCUGCUAAGCUGGUCAUCAUCCUCGUCGGCAUACCAGUCACUGCUGCCGCCGUCAUGCACGCUGGUGGUGGCGCACGGCUCAAAGAAGAUGCACUCGCUGCCCGGCACGGGGGGCACGCAAGCCACCUUCCCCGUACCGCCCAACGCCUUCAUCGCGUGUCGCUUCAACGCCUCUGCCGCCUCCUCGCUGCACUCGCCCGACUCGGGCGCCGCCACGCCAGACUCGCACCACAACGGAGCGCUGCUGGGCAGCCACCUGGCGUCGUCGUGCUCGUCCCCCGCCCCUCACCGCACCAUGCCCACGUCCCUCUCCGCCGCCAGCGACACCUCUGCCCCCGCCUCCUCGCCCACGCCCAGCCUGCACUCCAGCGGCCAGUUCUCCAUGCCGGGGGCCCUGCCCGACUGCACUCCCCCCGACCCCUCCGCCCUGCCCGCCCCGGGCAGCCCCAUUGGCGACACCGCUGCCCGCCUCGCGCACUCCGCUGCUGCCGGCUCCGGCAGCUGCUCGCCCUCCGCCUCCGGUGGCGCUCCCGGAACAUCCACACCGCUGCACGCACAGGGGCUGGCAGCUGCGGGCAGGGAGGAGGGCGCAGCACAGGGCUCGUGGGAGUCGCCUGUGAGAGGCAGCUUGACUUCCAUGUCCGUAGGGGCCACCCCCUUGGGCGCCAGUCCCCUGGGGGCCAGCCCCCUGCCAACCAUGUCUGCAAGCUCACACCCCGAGGGCGGAGCAGCGCGGCAGUCGCUGGACGCGGACCAGCAGAGCGCCGACAGGUUCCGCCGCUGCUCCUCCGAUGUCGGCAUGACGCGCCCCUCGGGCCUGCCACCCAUCCGGUCGUCAGCGGCAGGCGCGCAUGACGGCAGGGAGCACACGCGCGCCGCCUCGUCCAACGCGCUCACGCUGGACGCCGCUGCUGCCGCCGCCGCUGCGUCGCGGCUGUCCCCUGCGCUGAACGGCAGCACGGGGCGGCGCGGCAGCAUGGAGCCGCUGGUGGCGCUGCAGGAGGAGAGGGAGGUGGGCGGGCAGGCGGGGGGGGCGAGGGGCGAGGAGGGGGAGGAGGGCGCGGGUGGGUCGCGGUCGCUGGCGGACGAGCUGGCUCGGCUGGACGAGGAGGAGGGCGCUGCGGGAGGGGGCGAGCGGUGGGAAGGCAGGGCGGUGAGCAGCAACCGCCUGGCAGAGAAGGGAAUGGAGGCAGCAGGCGGAGACAGUCGAUCAGGGCGGCAGUCGGUGUCGCAGCAGCGCGUGCUGCACCUGAGCGGGCCGCACAACCGCCACUGGAGUCAGCACGACGACGCCUCCUCCACCCCUGUAGCUGGCCCGCCGGCAGGCGUGGGGGGUGGGGCAUCAGCAGUAGCAGGGGUGGGGGGUGGUGGAGGGGGGUUUGAAGGUUUGUCCACAGAGCUGCACUCGGGUGCAGCCACGCGCUCGCGGGACUUCUCCAACCGCUUCUCCUGGCAGCGCUUCCACGCGCACUCCUCUCAUACACCCGGCAGCGGCGGCGCCACGGGGUUAUCCAUCGGCCGCACCUCCUUCGGUGGCGGCCCACUCAGCCCGCGCUCCGCCGCGCAGCUCAUGAGUGAGGGCGGCAUUGACUGCCGCCUCUUCACCCCGCAGCAGCUAGAGCGCGCGACAGGAGGGUACGAGGAGAGCAAUCUGCUGGGGCGCGGGUCGUUCGGCAUGGUGUUCCGCGGGGAGAUGCUGGGGUGCAAGGUGGCGGUGAAGCGGCUGGAGGGGCAGGGGUGGCAGGGGCCGGAGGAGUUCCGCAUGGAGGUGGAGGUGCUCAGCCGCAUGCGCCACCCCAACAUCGUGCUGCUCAUGGGCUGCUGCGUCGAGGAGAUGGCUCUCGUCUACGAGUUCCUCCCGGGCGGCACUCUGCAGGACAAGCUGGGCCCGCCCAAGUCCCCUAAUGCAGCGCCGCUGGCGUGGGUGGACCGGCUUCGCAUCCUGUCGGAGGUGGCGUCGGCGCUGCUGUACCUGCACCAGAACGAGCCGCCCAUUGUUCACCGCGACUUAAAGCCCGACAACAUCCUGCUGGACGGCCACCUGGCGAGCAAGAUCGGCGACGUGGGGCUGGCGCGGCUGCUGUGUGCGGACGACAGCGUGACGAUGAAGGUGCGCGGCACGGCGGGGUACAUCGACCCCGAGGAGGUGGAGACGUGUGAGAUCAGCGUGCUGUCCGAUGUGUACGCGCUCGGACUCAUCAUGCUGCAGCUGCUCACGGGGCAGCGCAGUGUGCGCGCCGUGCACCGCCUGCUGGCAGAUCUUCAGGACUCGGCCGCCAGGGGCGGGCGCGGACGGGCAGGGGACGGUGCGGUAACGGGCGAGGCGCUGCUCAAGUACCUGGACAGCUCGGCGGGUGACUGGCGGCUGGACCUGGCGGAGAGGGCAGCGAGCAUCGCGCUGCAGUGUGCGGAGCGCAGGAGGGAGAGGCGGCCCGACCUGGCGGAGGUCAUCCACCCAGCUCUGGCUGAGAUUGCAAAAGAGGCACUGGCGGAAGAAAAGAGACGGAAGAAGAGGAUUGACUCGCAAUUCAUUUGCCCAAUUUCGAAGGAAAUUAUGCGCGACCCUGUGGUGGCAGCUGAUGGUUUCACGUAUGAGAGGGAGCACAUUGCACGCUGGAUGGCCACAUCUGGUGUGUCACCAUGCACUGGUCAGCAACUGCAGCAUACAUGCCUAACACCCAACAAUGUACUCAAAAGCCUAAUCCAGGCCCAUAAAUUCCACUGA